GCCUAGAGAGGUAUUAUGGACUCCUGCCUGCGAGGACCCCUAGGUGGCGCCAUUUUGGAGUCGCAGCGGGCUGAGGAAGCGCUGUCUCUUCCGACCCCAUCCCCGGCCGGCGCCCCUCGUUCCACUCCGGCCUCCAGGAUGAGCGUGGUGGAGCAUGUGCGGGAGAUGGCGGCUGCCGGGCUCCACUCCAAUGUGCGGCUCCUCAGCGGGCUCCUGCUCACCAUGAGCGGCAACAACCCUGAGUUAUUCUCGCCAUCACAAAAGUACCAGCUUCUUGUAUAUCAUGCAGAUUCCCUCUUCCAUGACAAGGAAUAUAGGAAUGCUGUAAGUAAGUAUACAAUGGCCUUGCAGCAGAAGAAAGCAUUAAGUAAAACUUCAAAAGUAAGACCCUCUACUGGGAAUGCUGCAGCCACUCCACAAAGUCAGUGUCUGCCAUCUGAAAUUGAAGUGAAAUACAAGAUGGCUGAAUGUUACACAAUGUUGAAGCAAGAUAAAGAUGCUAUUGCUAUACUAGAUGGAAUUCCUUCAAGACAGAGAACCCCCAAGAUUAACAUGAUGUUGGCAAAUUUGUACAAGAAGGCAGGUCAAGAACGCUCAUCUGUUACCAGUUACAAAGAAGUGCUGAGACAGUGUCCAUUAGCACUCGAUGCCAUACUAGGUUUGCUGUCACUUUCAGUAAAAGGGGCAGAAGUGGCUUCCAUGACGAUGAAUGUUAUUCAAAGCAUCCCUAACUUGGACUGGCUUUCAGUGUGGAUCAAAGCAUAUGCAUUUGUGCACACUGGAGAUAAUACUAGAGCAAUCAACACCAUCUGCUCAUUAGAAAAAAAGUCUUUACUGAGGGAUAAUGUGGAUCUAUUGGGUAGCUUAGCAGACCUGUACUUCCGAGCUGGAGAUAAUAAAAACUCAAUUCUGAAAUUUGAGCAGGCACAAAUGCUGGAUCCUUAUCUGAUAAAAGGAAUGGACGUAUAUGGCUACUUAUUGGCACGUGACGGUCGACUGGAGGAUGUGGAGAACUUGGGCUGCCGUCUUUUCAAUAUUUCUGAUCAGCAUGCAGAACCGUGGGUGGUGUCAGGGUGUCACAGUUUCUACAGUAAGCGAUACUCCCGUGCCUUGUAUUUAGGAGCCAAAGCUAUUCAGCUGAAUAGUAAUAGUGUUCAAGCUUUGCUGCUGAAAGGGGCUGCUCUUAGAAAUAUGGGACGAGUACAAGAGGCAAUUAUACAUUUCCGAGAAGCAAUACGCCUUGCACCUUGCAGGCUUGACUGUUAUGAAGGCCUCAUUGAUUGUUAUCUGGCAUCCAACAGUAUCCGUGAAGCUAUGGUUAUGGCUAACAAUGUGUACAAAACCCUGGGAGCAAAUGCACAGACGCUUACUCUGUUAGCAACAGUCUGUCUUGAAGAUCCAGUCACACAAGAGAAAGCAAAAACCUUAUUAGAUAAGGCACUUACACAGAGACCGGAUUACAUUAAAGCGGUGGUAAAAAAAGCGGAGCUUCUUAGUAGAGAACAGAAAUAUGAAGAUGGAAUAGCUUUGUUGAGGAAUGCACUGGCCAAUCAGAGUGACUGUGUUCUGCAUCGAAUACUGGGUGACUUUCUUGUAGCAGUCAGUGAAUAUCAAGAAGCCAUGGACCAAUACAGUAUUGCCCUAAGUUUGGAUCCCAAUGAUCAGAAGUCUUUAGAAGGAAUGCAGAAAAUGGAAAAAGAGGAGAGUCCAACAGAUGCAACCCAGGAAGAGGAUGUGGAUGACAUGGAGGGAAGUGGAGAAGAAGGGGAUUUGGAGGGCAGUGAUAGUGAAGCAGCACAGUGGGCAGAUCAAGAACAAUGGUUUGGCAUGCAGUGAAGAUUUUACUUAAACUGAUAUGGGUUUCAAUUCUUGAAUGUGCCCUGAGAUCCAUUGUUCUCUGAAGGAAGAACGUCCCCUGCAAUUUUCGUAUUAACAAAGUGGACUUUAUAAAAACAACCGACUCUGAAACCUUUUAAUAAUUCUCUGCAUCACAGUUCUGCUCAUUUUUGUGAUGCUUCCUAUUUAUCAAUUACAAGAUUGAGCUGAACCAUGCUGGAGAUUUGUAAGAGUGGCUUAGUCUUUUCUUGCUAAAGCUAGAAUCUUGAGUAUAAAGCAUUUCAUACAAUAUACCUAUUGCUAGUGACUAAAAUGUCAAAAUUGGGUUCAAAACUAAGUAGUCUUGAUCCUUAGCUAUAGAUGUAAAUACAAGAGUUUUUUAUUCCUUUGUGAAAGGCUUU